ACUAACCACUUCAAAUUUGAUGAUCUACAGUAUCUAGCUAUGAUUUAUAUGGUGGUCGAACGUUUUCUAGAUGAGGAAUAUUAUAAUCAUUUUCCUCUAAUAAUUAUCUGAAUUAAUUUAUAUUCUGCGUAACGUUGACUCUAAAGCCCAAAUUGGGCAGAAAUUCUUCAAUCCAAUUUUUACGCGUUGAACUUCUGAAGAAAGAAUGGAGCUGAUGAGAUUGCUAGAUCAAAAUAAACAAGAAGAAGACGAUCAGAAGAUUCAGAUUCAGCUCAAAAACCUGUACGAAGCAGCAAUGAGCGGAUCGGUGCAGCUCCUAUCGCAAAUCCUAAAGGAAAAUCCGCAAAUUCUCCAAUCGCCGGAGAUCUCCACCACUCCUGAAAAUCCUCUCCACGCGGCGGCGCUCCUAGGCCACCUAGAAUUCGCUAAGAAGCUUCUCAGCGCAAAUCCCGAGCUCUCGAAAUCGGUGAGCUCGAGCGGCUCGUCGGCGCUUCAUCUGGCGGCGGCGAAGGGGGAUGCGGAGAUGGUGAAGGAGCUGGUAUCGGCGGAUUCAUCGAUGUGCGGCGCCCGCGACGGGGAUGGGAGGAAUCUUGUGCAUCUGGCUGCGAUCAAGGGGCGGACGGCGGUGCUGGAGGAGCUGCUGAAGGCGGAUCCGGCGGCGGCGAUUACCGGCGGAGGAGAGAGCUGCUUGCAUCUGUGUGUGAAGUAUAAUCGGGUGGAGGCGAUGAAGGUGAUACUGCAGUUUUUGGAGGGAGGGGAUGAUCGAUUGGUAAAUUGGAGUUGAGAAGAAACAGCUUGAGAUUGUCGAGUAUUUGAUCGAUAACACGAGAAUAGAAAACGGAGCACGAAACGCAGCCGGGUUGACAGCCCUGGAUCUGCUCCUACAAAACCCCGGAGAUUUGAGGGAUUUGGAGGUCAAGCAAUGUCUAGAACAUCAACACAAUGCAGCAUCACAAAGCUCGAAAAAAAGCAUGAAGCCAUCGUCGUCUAAGCUCUCCGCGAAUAUGCAGCCGAAGAAACACAAGCACACGGACUGGCUGGGGCGGAAGAGGAGCGCGUUGAUGAUCGUCGCUUCCCUCACGGCCACCGUGGCAUUCCAAGCCGGCCUCUCCCCGCCAGGCGGAGUCUGGCAGGGAGAUUUUGCUGGCAACCCUAACAGGACGACCCGGGCGGACAAGGCCCACAAGGCCGGGCAGUCCGUGAUGGCCUACACGCUCCCGGACAAGUACGGGCAGUACAUGGUGUUCAACACGAUCGCGUUCCUCGCGUCCCUGAGCAUAAUCUUGCUGCAGGUGAGCGGGCUCCCGAUGAGGCGGAGGAGGUGGAUGUGGACCCAGAUGGUGACGAUGUGGAUAGCGAUAUCGGCCCAGACGCUCACGUACUUUGUCACGUUGAUCAACAUGACGCCCAAGCACGUGGAGAACACGGUGUACCACGUGGCGAGGGUGUCGGUGAUCCUGUGGCUGGUGCUGAUGGCGUUGGUGUUCGUCGGAAAUAUGACGAGGGCGGUGUUGUAUGUGAUGAGGAAGUAUGGGUAUGUUGAGGAGAAGGAGAGAGAGGUGAUUGUAUAUGAGGAGGAAGAGGAUGAGCUUUGAUUGAUGGCUGUAGUUUUAUUAGUUUUCAAGUUUUUUUUUCAUAACACAUUAGUAUUGUUCACGGUCACUGUGCGGAAGCUGCCGCCGCCGGAGCCCAAGAGGCCGAAGGUGAUUGAGGUUAAGGUUGGUGGUUAGGUGCUGUGGAGAAGACUUAAAAGGAAUUGUUAUGUGUGUUUUCGAUUAAAUGUUUGUGAUCAAUAAUUUCGGUUAUUGUGUGUAUUAACCCGAAUUUGAUCCAGAUACUACUCCUAUUUUCGGAAUGUAUAACUGGUCAAAG